UAAAAUUGCUAAGCUUGAAGCUGCAAAGCGUGUAUCAUUUUUAAAAAGUAAAGCUGAUAGUAAAGCAUCUCAGUUAGAUACUAAGCAGGCUGCUGUGACAAUUUGGAAAUAUUCAAUGUUCAGUAAAAAAUCACUAGAUAUGUCCAUUGCCUAA